AUGCCCAUUUCAUACGACAAAUGGGACAAGCUUGAAGUAUCGGACGACAGUGACGUCGAGGUACACCCCAACGUUGACACCAAGAGUUUCAUCCGAGCCAAGCAGCGACAGAUCCACGAACAACGGGCUCAGAGGAAGCACGAGAUUGAGACACUCAAAUACGAACGCAUCAUAAACGAUGGUCUCCUAGAACGCAUCAAUGCCCUGCUAGAUGCCCUGAAGAAACAUCAAGAGGAAGCAAGCACAAAGAACCCCGAGGAGCUGGUAUUUCAAUCCUUGAUUGAAAGUGCAGGAGAUCCCGCCAAAGAUGAGCCACCCAGACCACCCGAGGGUGUUCAUACGCACCAACAGGAGCAACCGCGCUAUUCCAAGAUGAUGGGUGCGUUGGUGGACCAGGUGAAGAAGGAGGUGGACGAAAAGAGUUCUCCAGACCGCUAUAAGGACUUCAUCGACGGUGUCAAUGGCCACCUCACCAAGGUCCAGAAGCUACAGCAGGAUCUGUUGAAGCGGCUAGCGGAGCUGGAAAAGGAAGCAUCGGCGAAGAUUACCAGUGAAGACAUCCACGUCGGAUUCGACUCAUCAUUUAUCAACAAACCCAAAGCAAAGUCCUCCUCGACCGAGAAGUCGAAAAAGCCGGAGAAGAAGGCAACGGAAACCGUCGAGCUUCUUAACGCGCCCAAGGGGCUCACUUCGCAGACACGGGAUGCCUUAAAGUCAGCAGACGGUGCCAUCUCCUCUGGGGCAGAGGCUGAUGUUGAGGAUGAUGCGCUGCUCGAGAAGGGCAAGGGCCAAAGUGAAGGUGAAGACGACGAAGACGAAACGAAUCUCAAACUCACCCCGGAGGGCAAGCAAUUCGCAAAGAUCAAGUUGGGCGACUACCGCACAUGCCUCCAAUACAUCUCGGAACAUCCAGAGAUAGUCAAUGAACGUACCCAGGAUGCCCUCAUGAUUGAGGCAUUCAAUGCACAAAUGAAAGGAGAAGAUAACUAUGCUAAACAAUGCGUCCACCAGAGUCUGCUGAUUCAAUAUUGCCGUCAACUGGGCCGAGACGGCGUUGGACUGUUCUUCAAGCGCAUCACCACAAAGGGCCAUCAAGCACAACAAGUGUUCAACAAGGACCUGACAGAGACUUACGGCAGGAUCAAGACUCGGGCGGCCGAGUUGAGCAAGGAAGAAGGUACAGACCCUGCGGGAGUGGAACAGAUUCAACUCCAUGCUGUCGAACCUGGCACUGAGAUUCACAUCAAUGUGCCCCAGGCUGGCUCGGAUGAUCCUGUCGAGCAAGAAGCGCGGGAGAUCUACGAGAGAUUCCCUCCUGGCCUGCAGCGUGCUCUGGAGAGUGGCAGCCUUGACGAGGUCAACAUGGUGCUCGGGAAGAUGAGCGUCGAUGAGGCUGAAGAGAUCGUGGAGCUCUUGGGCCAGGGCGGGAUGCUGAGUCUGCAGGAAGGUGUGAUCGAUGCCACUAAUGAAGAGGGCCAGAAGCGUCUGAAGGAGAUUGAGGAAGAGGAGAGACGUAAGAAGGCCGAGAAAAGCAAGCAGCUCGAGGCUGAAGGAGAACCUGGCGAGGCUGUCGAGGCGUAG